AUGGUGGCCGUUUUUCUACCUUCAUCCUUUGGAGUAUUCUGCAACAUUGAAUACCUGAGUGUCACCUCAUGGGAUAAAGUGAAUUCUUCUCAGUGUCCUGUCUUUGCUGUUCUUCUUCACUAUUCACUCAGUGAAUACCAGGCGCUAUGCCAGAUGUUGGACACAGAGCACACUUUAACAUCAGAAACAUCUCAAAAGGAUCUCUUAGACAAACAGUGCUUAAAAGAAAAAUACACGCAUCUCUCCUGUAAUAAAGUCUUCUGCCAACCGUGGCUGAAGUGCAUCGACGGGACCUGUAUUUGUAAACUCCCUUAUCAGUGCCCAAAAAAUGGUACAACGGUGUGUUCAACUACUGGAAGAAGCUACUCAACUUACUGUCAGCAAAAGAGCUUUGAAUGCCUUCGUCCACAGGCAAAGUUUUUAAAUAAUGGCUUAUGCGUAGCAGAAGGACAAUUCAGUGUUUCCUUGAAGUAUGGAAACACAAGCUCAGAGGGACUUGUUGAAGUAAAACUUGUGGACCAAGAUAAGAAGAUGUUCAUCUGUCAAAACAGUUGGAGCAUAACACAGGCCAAUGUGGCUUGCCAGGACCUUGGAUUUCAACAAGGUGCUCUUGAUACUCAAAGAAGCUUUGGAGAUAUAAAUGCCACUGACUGCCUGCAUGUACACUGCCAAGGACUAGAGACCAGUUUGGCUGAAUGUACUUUUACUAAGAGCAGAACUGCCCAGAACCGGGAUUUAGCUGGCGUAGUGUGUUACACAGAGAACACCACAGAUUCUGCACCAAAGAACUCCUUUCACUGUGUGAAUGGGAAGCACAUUCCUCUGAAGAAGGCCUGUGAUGGUCUCAAUGACUGUGGAGACCAAAGCGAUGAGUUGUGUUGUAAAGAGUGUCAAGGUGAAAGUUUCCAUUGUAGAUCAGGUGUGUGUAUUCCAAAAGAGAACAAAUGCAAUGGGGAGGUCGACUGUAUCACCGGAGAAGAUGAGGUUGGCUGUGAAGAAGCUGGACAUCCUAAAAUUCAAGAAGAAAUGGAAAUCUUGACAGCUGAUAUGAAUGCAGAAAGAAAACGUAUAAAAUCAUUUUUACCUAAGCUAUCCUGUGGAGUUAAAGAGAGCACGCAUACUCGAAGGAAACGAAUCGUGGGAGGAUUGGCAGCACAAUUGGGGGACUUCCCAUGGCAGGUGGCCAUCAAAGAAGAUGAUAAAUUAAACUGUGGAGGAAUUUAUAUUGGUGGUUGUUGGGUUCUGACUGCUGCACAUUGUGUCAGACCCAGUAAAGUUCAUCGUUACCAAAUAUGGACAACAUUACUCAACUGGUUAAAACCUAAUUCUGAGAUCGAAAUUUGGUAUGUGAACAAAAUUAUUAUGCAUGAAAACUACAAUGGAGCCACCUUUGAAAAUGAUAUCGCUUUGAUUGAAAUGAAACCACUUCCAAGGAAAAAAGAAUGUAAGCUGUCAGGAUCAGUCCCUGCCUGCGUCCCCUGGUCUCCAUAUCUAUUCCAACCCAAUGACACAUGUAUCGUGUCUGGCUGGGGUAGAGAAAAAGAUAACCAAAAAGUCUUUUCACUUAAGUGGGGUGAAGUUAACUUAAUAAGUAACUGCUCUAAGUUUUACUCAGAUCGCUACUACGAAAAAACGAUGGAAUGUGCAGGUACAAAGGACGGCUCCAUCGAUGCCUGUAAAGGGGACUCUGGAGGUCCCUUAGUCUGUAUGGAUGUUAACAAUGUGGCCUAUGUUUGGGGUGUUGUCAGUUGGGGUGAAAACUGUGGACGUCCAGAAUCCCCAGGUGUUUAUACCAAAGUGGCUCAUUAUUUUGACUGGAUUAGCAAUCAUGUGGGAAGGUCUCUUAUUUCUCAACACAAUGUGUAA